GGACAGCCAGCAAUGCCACUUGCUUUAGCCUAGAACACCCCAAGCCCGGAGGCACACUGGCACUGGAAUUGAUUUUCCAGAGGCAGCAUGGACAUCAAGGAGUAUUUUGACAGAAUUUCUUACCAGGGUUCCCCCAAUAAUCCAGACCUGGCUACCUUGUCAGAUAUAUUCCAGCACCACAUCCAAGCUAUCCCUUAUGAAAACCUCAGCAUCCACUGUGGAGAAAGAAUUGAGCUGGACCUGGAAGUGAUCUACAAGAAGAUAGUGAGGAACAAACGUGGGGGCUGGUGUAUGGAAAACAACUACCUUCUGUCUUGGGUCCUGAAAACUCUUGGCUAUGACAUCAUCCUUCUGGGAGCAAAAGUUUAUGUCCCAGAGCUUGAUGCCUAUCCAGAUGAAAUCAAUCAUCUGCUGCUACAGGUGGAGCUUGAUGGCAAAUCCUACAUUGUGGAUGGGGGAUUUGGGAUGGCCUACCAGAUGUGGCAGCCAAUGGAACUGAUUUCAGGGACAGAUCAGCCUCAGACUCCUGGGAUCUUUCGUCUUCAGGAGGAAAAUGGCACCUGGUACCUUGAGAAAGUGAAAAGAAAGCAGUGGGUUCUGAACCCAAGCACCUCGACUUCCCCAAAUGUGGAAAAUGAAGUUUGUCAUCGGAUUUAUCUCUUCACCCUUCAGCCACGAGACAUUGAGGAGUUCAUGGGCUGCAAUCUCCACCUGCAGACAGCACCUGACUCGCUCUUUGUCACCAAGUCCAUCUGCAGCCUGCAGACCACCGAUGGCAUCCGGGCGCUGGUGGGGUGGAAACUCACUGAGGUAAAGUACAAUUAUAGGGACAAUAUGGAUCUUGUGGAAAUCAGAAUGCUUGCAGAGGAAGAACUAGAGAAAAUACUGAAGGAGAAAUUCAGUAUAACACUUGACAAGAAAUUUGUACCUGUUGAUUUCCCCAGGUUUUUUUAACUCACUGCCUGAAUUACAAUUCAAUUCAGUGGCAUUAUAGGCAAUUCUUCCCUUUCUUUCUGACAAGCAUCCAAAGGUUAAUCUUUCUCCUUCCAACUACACCAGUGUAAGGCAGAACAUACUAUCCUGAAUCUGGAAAACAAAUGGGUUUACACAACUAUUCCUGCAUUUCAUUGUAGGUUGGGUACCAGUAAUUUCUGCCUAGCUCAAUCAAAUCACUAUCCUUCUAUUUGUGCUUAGUGGGAAGCAGACUCAGCCCAUUCCCUAAUGUUUUAAUCUCUUAGAAGCUUUUCUAAACACACCCAGUGUAGCUGGGCAGAAUGAUGGAGCUGUAUGUCUUUGUCUUUAUUUCCUGAUGCUGCUCCUUGGGAAAAUCACACCUCCCUCUUAAAUGAAUACUAUAUUAUUUUGGGAGUGUAAUAGACAGAAAACCAAAGCCAUCCUGUGCUGAUUUUCUCCAGUAUAGCCAAAAGGCUGUUUGUUCUUUUUGCUCUCACAUCCACAACAGCCUCUCCCAUGGCAUUCAGGCCAUCCCACACCUGUGCAAACUCACCAUGUGAGGACAGGUUCUUUAUGACUUAGAACUGAGAAUAAGAAAUGUCAGUGACAAUUCUGUGUUGUUUGAGACUUUGCACAGCUCCUGUUCUCUCAGUGACAUAACCAAAGAGCAGCAUUUCUUUGAACUGAAAGCAUCUCCUGAGCAUUUUGUUUGCUCACACUCAGCAGCAGAGUGCUGGGAAUACACGUUCCUCUCCUCAGACACUGGGUGCUAUCGCAUGUUAAUUAUUACAGCUGAACCCAAACACAUGCACAAAAUUCUUUUUGUUCUACUGAGGAAGUGUUUGCAGUGAUACUGAUUAUAUUGAUAUAAGGAGAAGUAAUGAAUCUUAAUCACAUACCUAACAACUAAGAUUUCUAGUAGGAGAAACUACUCAAAUGUGACCCCUUUACCCUUUGAGAAGAUGCUUGGUGUUCCUUUAUGUACGAAUAUUGGAAGCAUUACAACUAUGCACUUAAAAUUAAGCAAAUUAAAGUAGUGAAUUACAAUUAAAUAAAAAAAUUAAGUACUGUGAACUAGAAAUAUUCUGAUUUCUUUCCCCCUUAAAUUACAGCAUGUAUUCCCGUGGAAAAAAAUAAAUGUUGUUAAUCAC